AUGCAACAUAAUACUUCUUUUCGUAUUCCAAACAAUUAUGAUGAUAUAAGUAGAUCUUCAUCUUUACAAGUUGAAGUUGAGAAUCCACCUACGUAUGAAGAGGCAACUGCGGAAACACCAGAUUCUAGACGAAGAGAAUCGCAAAAUACUGUUGUUCAAUCAGAAAUCGAAGAAGAAUAUAGUAAUUAUUUAAGUGAAAGAGCGAUGCAACAUUUUGAAGGUUACGAAAGAAGAAUUAAAAAAUUAGAAAAAGAUCUUAAUUGUUGGGGUGGAAAUGAAAAAGAUAGUUUUUAA